AUGGGUCCCGUCAUGGGUCCCGUCAAACUUCGAUAUUGGGACGGAUUCUAUGUUGUUUUCGAAAACGAACUUAUGAACGAACCGUUUGAGAACGGUAAAUAUUUAGUGAUCGAGGAAAUGUUACGCGAAGACGAUGGCUUGUGUUCGCUGUUGGAAAUGGUUCGCAAAAUUGCUGCAUGUACUAACGUAUUGUUAUCGCCACAAUUUGUUGUUUUGUCGCGCAAGGCAAGAUUUUCGCAUCGGCGUACGGAGUUUCAGGAGACCUUACCGGUGUGA